GAUUGUGUUAUCUUUACAUCUUGUGCUACACACACACACACACACACACACGCGUACAAACAAGUUAUUAUUUAGCAAAGUGCGUUGAGCAGCGUGUUUUUCUUUGACGCUGUGGAGCGCGAGCUGGCUUUGAGGUGGACACGCGUGGUUUUUUUUGACCCUGUGGAGCGCGAGCUGGCUUUGAGGUGGACACGCGGUGAAGUCCUGAUCACACAGGUUUGUGACCACAGCGAGGAAGUUCGAAACCCACUCAGAUGAGUUGGAGUGAUUGUGACAGACACAUGAUGGCUGCGCUGCUGUUCAUCCUCUUUCUCGUGUCUCAUCUUGAAGCAGGAGCGGCACAACUCAGAAAAACCAACUGUCCCUACCGCAGACGUGGAGAUGACGUCGUUCUGUCGCUGCGUGGUUUUGGAACAUGCGACGCGUUAGCUUGGACCCGUGAUGGAUCGGUGUCUCGCCAGAGGCCGCUGCGCCAGGGCGCCAACUGCUCUCUGCACAUCGACAACGUCACGGCCGAGGACGCCGGCUGCUACAGCUCGCCGGAGGACACGCUGUGUCUGUACGUCGUGAGCGUUUCAGACGCUGGACCACAGCGAGACAGUCGCGUGACGCUGCAGUGCUCUCUGUUCAGAGCCGCGCAUUACACACCCUGUGGACAGAGUAACAUCCUCUGGUUGGACGAGACGGGGACCGAGCUGCUCCACGACGACGACGCGUGCGAGGUCGCAGAGGGCCCGUGUGUCUCCAACCUGACUGUGGACGCCGACCCCGGCAGGACGUACACCUGCCAGGUGAUGGAUGACACGUACGACGUCAUGAUCGAGGCCAACCACACGCUGGUCUUCAGAGACGCUGCCACAGACGCUGCUGAGUGGUCUCCUCUGAGCUUCGUCAUGUUGACUCUGCGUGUGUCAGUCCUGAUCCUGAUGAUUGUGAUCACGGUUCUCAUCAUCAUCAAAACACGAAAAGAAAAACAGUCCAGGAUCCAAAAAGCCAAAGAGUGAUGGAAGUGAGCGUGUGAAACCACAAGUGAAAGCCUCCUCUUUUCUUUUUUUCUUCUCUAAACCAAAUGUGUCUUAAAUGGUGCUGUCCGUCACUGUCACGCUGUUCUUUAGCCAGUUAACUUUCUUUAUUUUUUCUUAGUUUCUAUUUGCAUCUCAUAUUAUAAACUACAGAAAAGUAUUUAGGGAAUAUACAUAUAUGUAGGGGUCAGAAUACUUCCCGUACCCACUGUACAUAUGUGGUUAGGGUUCAAAAUAAUAGCAAGAUAAAUCACUGUUUUUGUUAGAAUUUCAACUUCUACACAGCAAGUAAGUUUCUAGAAGGUUUAGUAAAGGUAUAGAAAACCAACACACCCAACAGGCAUGAAGUGCAUUCUGCUGAUUCUGUGAAACUGAAUCAUUUACUGAGGGGGCGUGUUCAAAAAAAUAGCGGUGCCAAGUUCAGUUGAUUAUGUGAAAAGAAAAUAGGUGUUAAACAGGUGGCUCUUAUUUAAGGAUCAAGGCCACUGACGCUGCAUAUGCUGGCUGAGUCAAAUGGGUCGUUCAAGACACUAUUCAGAAGAAGAGCGUUCUUCUUUCAUUAAGAAAUGAAUAAAAGAGGGGAAGAAGUCAUGUUGCCGUAUGCUGGAGAGGAAAUGUAAAAUAUUUACUUUCUGUAAAAUAUUCUCAAAUAUUAUCAAAUUCAAUUCCUUUUUCCAAUUGUCUUGCUUUGAAAUAGAGUGUGCAGUGUCCCCAAUGCAUUUAUGUUCAUUAAAAUACAAUUUAUUUGAAGAAUUUAAACACACUGCUAUUAUUAUUCUAAACAUACAUGUACACACACAUCAUAGCAUGUGUCACGUCACAGUGAAUCGUGAAGCUUUUGCUGGUAUAUUUGUGUCCUUACACUUUCAUGUUCAUUUUUACUUUGCGCUCAUAUUUUAUAUUUGUUUACUUUUGUGUUACGUACACUUUUCCGUAUAUUUCAUUUAACUGAUGUGAUACAAGUCAUGUAAGUCAUCUGUAAACAAAGAAAAUGAAAUAAAACUUCUCCCACACAGUAAA